AUGAAACCAAAGAGUACUUUCGAAAGCAUCCUGAGAUCGACAAAACACGACGAAUUCAACGAUGACUACGAAGAAAUAAUUUUGGAAAGCGGCACUCCAACCAGUUUCUGCGAUUUUACCUACGAGAAUAUCAAUGCCCCGAGAUUUCGGGAUUUUCUGAAUGACAUGACUUUGGGGGAAGGUGACUCGUGGUUCGAUGACGAAAACAACGCGAUCGAGCUUUCGCCGACCCCGACCGAAGUUUCCAUUCUAGACUUUGAUGAAAAAAAAACGACGGAAAUGAGGUCCACGGAAACUGUCGAGUGUUCACCAUUACCGAAUAACCUCGGUUUUUGUCGCACAGUUUUGCAAAAUAAGUGCGACGAUUUAAAGAAAACCGGUGAUAUCUCAAAACCCAAGGCCAUUAGAAUUAAGGUCGACAAAAGUGAUGAUCUGGUAAAGGGAAAAGAAAGUCAUGUGGCCAAAUCAGAUACAAAAUCACAGAGGGUUGCGGGGAAGAACUCGGGAAUCAAAAAAAAUCCAAUUCUCAAGGAACUUUCCGUGUCCAAUCUCGUUUCGAAAGUAACAAUGAAUGACGAAUCGCAAACGAGAGCGAAUAAAGAAGUAGUAUCACAGAGGAAUCUUGAGAAAAAUACGGAUACUACAGGGAAUCUGGUUUCUAAGGCCCCCGUUGCCAGUGUCACCGCUUCAAAAAAGAUUAUUGAUAGGACACAGAUGAUCCGAGGCACUGAAGUAAAUCGAACUGCUAAAGAUCCCGUUAUCGGUGUUACUUCAAAACUCGGGAUGAGUCCUCUCGUAAGGCACGUCAUUGUUUCCAAAGAAUUAGACUUAUCCAAUCGACUUGAUCCACCAAAACGAAACAAGAAUUAUCCGAAAAGCAGAUCGCCAGGAAUAAAGAAACGACAACCUACUAAAAAAUUCCGUGCAGAAUUAACUGUGCCAAAGCCCUUCACAUUUCGCACCAUAUCGCACGUGCACAUGAACGAGAGACGUCCGACGAGGUCACCGUUCAUUCCCCUGGCCGAAAGAGUUAAACACUUCUUGGAGGACACACCAGAAAGGUUCAGGACAAAACUUGUGUCUUUUAAACCGACAUCCAACACGCAUACACGCCUACUUACAGUACCAAAGUCUCCUUACCUACGAACAAAACAACGGGCAAAUGCAUGCAGGGCCAUAAAUGCGGAAGGACAAGAAUCAGAUAAGAACCCUCGAACCAUGCUGAAUAAUCACGGUCACAACGGAAAACGCGUUGGUCCAACUGCAAGAAAGGCCAACAUCAUGAUGUCUCGAUCUCCUCCCACAACUAAAUCUCAACAUCAUCAGUUUUCCCCUCAUAAAGUUAAAUUACAUCCCGUUCCUCAUUCCAAAGAGUCACAUAAAUUGGUUGGUUCCUCUGGAGAAACUAAGGAGAAUGGGACAAACAUAAGACAACAUUCACAAGAACGAGGGAGAGUCUGUAAAGCUAAAACACAACCAAACGAGAAAUACCAACAAGAUACGCACCAGAAAUUUAUCAAGAAAGAGAAGCAUGAGAAGGAAAAUGUCAAGCUUCAUGCGAAGGCGGCAACCAAGAAAUCCGAAAAACCACUCACAGAACCUAUUAGCUUCAUUUUCCAAACAGAUUCGCGCAUUCAAUUACGUAAAGCACGCGAACAAAAUGAUGAAUCGUUGAAGAAAAAGAAAUCGAAGGAAGAAAUUAAAGGACAACAAAAAACUCAACAUUUGCGAACAGAAUUAACUUAUAAAAAUUGGGUCUCCUCAAAGGCGUCACCACCCAACACUAAAACCGCAAAGGCAAAAUUUUUUUGA